UCAACAUUUUCAUUAGUUCGAACAUAUUCGAUGUGUGGUUCUCAGGGCUUGAAUCCUAAAUUUUCUACUUUAAUGAAACGGAAAUUAACGAUAUUUCGCUUCCUUCUCUUGAAAGUUUUGGAACACAAGGCUCGAAUCCUUGUUCCAAUUUGAGAUUACCUAAUAGCUUAUAAAGUAGGAUUUAUUUUUUUCCACCUGUUUAAACAGUUGUAAUUCUGUGAUCACAUUCAGUUGGCGCAUUAAAUAUGAAACCGACGCUUGGCGAUUACAACAACAGCUGUAAUGAAAGAACCCCUAUACUAAGCGACGAGGAGUCAUCAUGUUCAUCCGAUGCAGAAUUCAAUUACCUAGUUCAAGAAUUUCCAAUAAAUCCUACAAAAGGUUGGUUUCCCACUCGCUACGUAUUUGCAAUUCUAGGAUGUUUCGGGUUCGUAAAUGUGUACGCAAUGAGGGUGAAUCUCAGCGUUGCAUUAGUUGCAAUGGUGAUGACUGUCAAUCCACAACAGAGUGAUCAUUCUUCUGUUGUUUGUGAGGAACUCAUCACUCGACAUGUGGUGAAUAAUACUGUGAUACAUGAUGUAUCAGGCAGCGGUGAAUUUGACUGGGACACUAAUGCGCAAGCUACCAUUCUUGGUGCAUUUUUCUAUGGCUAUAUCGUUACCCAAAUUCCCGGUGGUAUCUUGGCAGAAAAAUUUGGGACGAAAAUAGUCUUUGGUAUUGGAAUAUUUGCGACUUCCUUCAUGACGCUACUCACUCCAAUAUCGGCAGAAUGGGGAGUUGGCUACUUAAUUGCAAAUCGAGUCAUCAUGGGCUUAGGAGAAGGUGUCACCUUCCCUGCCAUGAAUGUCAUGAUCGGACGAUGGGUACCGAAAAACGAAAGAAGCCGAUUGGCUACACUCAUUUUUUCUGGGAGUCCAAUUGGAACUGUGAUGGCUCUUAUUUUAUCCGGUGUACUUAGUGGCAGCCCCCAGUUUGGAUGGAGAUGGGUCUUUUAUAUCAAUGGCAUUCUUGGAUGCAUUUGGUGCGUCUUCUGGGUGUUCCUUGCUUAUGAUUCACCUGAAGAUCAUCCAAGAAUUUCGAAAGAAGAGUUACGCCUCAUACGGGAUGGCCAAUCUGAAAGAACAAGAAGAUCGACUCCUUGGAAAGAAAUUCUGACAUCACCAAGGGUUUGGGCUUUGGCCGUCACUCAUUUCGGUCAGAACUGGGGAUUCUAUACAAUGCUAACAGAACUACCAACAUAUUUAGCAAACGUCCUGCAUUUCAAUAUCAAGAAAAAUGGAAUUUUAUCUUCCCUUCCCUAUGUAUCCCAUGCAUUGAUAGGCGUUCUUGCUAGUUUCUUUGCUGACAGCAUGAGGAGGAAAGGAUACUACAAAAUUACGUUCAUUCGGAAGAUAAUGAACUCCGUUGCGUUCUUUGGUGCUUCUAUCUGCCUGCUAUCAAUUAUAUUUUUUGGCUGUGAUCCACUACCAAUACUCUUUUUACUCACUGUGGCCCUGGGAGUCAAUGGAUUCAUGUAUUCUGGAUUCAAUGUCACUCACGUCGAUAUGAGCCCUGAAUUCUCAGGCACAUUGAUGGGCAUUACAAACUGCAUUGCUAAUUUUUCCGGUUUCCUAGCUCCUGCUUAUGUAGGAAAAGUGACUGAAAGUGGUGUAUGUAUAGUUUUGAAGUUUUAUGAAAGAUUAUUAUACAAAAAAUAACACACAUAGACUACU